CCCGCCCCAAUCUCCAGCGUCCAGAGUCUAGUGGGAAUACUGUGGAAGGGAGCUGAAGUAACAGCAAUGGGAAUCAAUCUCGGUGACACGUUCCCAAAUUUCGAAGCUGACACAACAGUGGGGAAGAUAAGAUUCCAUGAGUGGCUGGGAUCCUCAUGGGGUCUUCUGUGCUCCCACCCUGCAGACUUCACCCCUGUUUGCACCACAGAGCUGGGCCUUAUGGCGAAAUUGACUUUAGAAUUUAAAAAGCGCAACGUGAAAAUGAUAGCGCUUUCUGUUGACAGCGUUAAGGACCACCAUGGGUGGAGCAAGGAUAUUAAUCACUACAUUGGAGAAUCGCAAGUUCAAAAUCUACCGUUCCCCAUCAUCGCUGAUGAGAAGAGAGAACUGGCUGUGCAACUGGGAAUGCUGGAUCCUGCAGAAAAGGACUGCCAAGGGCUGCCGCUGACUGCUCGUGCUGUGUUUGUUAUUGGGCCUGACAAGACCCUGAAGCUGUCCAUCCUUUACCCAGCCACCACGGGGAGGAACUUCAAUGAAAUCCUAAGAGUUAUUGAUUCCUUGCAGUUAACAGCUUGCAAGAAGGUGGCCACACCAGUGAACUGGAAGAAUGGUGAGGAGUGCAUGGUGCUUCCCAGUAUUUCAGCAGAAGAGGCAAGCAUACUCUUCCCAAAGGGAAUUCGCACUGAUGAUCUCCCAUCCAAGAAAGGGUAUCUGCGCUUCACACCUCAACCCUGAAACAUCUCUGCAGAGACUUCACCACGAAGCCAAUCACUUCCACUUCUGUUCUGUGCCUGUCCUUAUUGCAAGUGUGAACAAAUGGAAAUCAUGUUUGAAGUCAGAUUGCCUUUCCUUGCGAUGGGAUUUCUCACUGUAACCUUUCGAUAAUAAAAAUAGUUUUCUGGAA